UCACGUGUUAAAGAGCUUAAAAGCUGUCAAGAACAGCAACAACAAACCAUAGCGCGUAAAUGAUAUUCAAGCUGACUGACUGUAAUUCGGUUUAGGCCGGAGAAGUUCCCUUUUCGCACGGAGAGUAAACAUGACUUGAAAAGCAUAUGGCGAAGAAACAGCGCGUACACUUUAUCCUCUUGACCCCAUCUCCUCUUAUAAACAGUCGAUCACAAUGCUUCGUUCAAUCGCAAGCAAUCCCGGCCUUCGUGCCAGUAUGCUAAGGAGCUCAAAGAGUAAUCCAGCUUUACGGGCUGCAAGUGCUUCGGUUAUUCCACCUGUACACACAAUGCCAAGCAGAUCAUUGGUUUCAACAGUAUUGCUAACAAAGGAUGCCUAUGAAUCGAAAAAGGUGACAGAUUUGAAAACAGAAUUACGUCAACGUGGCUUGUCAACAACUGGAAAACGGACAGAUUUGAUAAAAAGAUUGAUCGAAAAUGACUCAAAUCGAGCAAAAGUUUUACCGAUCUCAUCAAAAGAUCAAUCUACUUCAAUCAGUGCUCCUUCAACACCACGUAAGACGCUUCGCACUCGCUCUGCCACCUCUUCCGCAAAGGUACAACAAGGAGCUCCAGAAACAAGUGCAGGUGCAGUAGGAUCAGAUGCUACAGGCGCUACUAUCCCUCAUCCUCCCAACAUGGAACCCGGUCAAAUUUCAUCAAAUGCAAGCGAAGCAACGCCUGAUGGCCUCAAACAACCUGAUAUGCUAGAAGCACUUUCUACUGCUCCAGGUGUUCCACCGGAAAAAGCACCCCAAGCACCAAUCACAUUCGAAGUCAAAAUUCCAUACGAAUCAACACCAGUCGAUCCUGGACCAGAAGUUCCAUUGAUAACAGCUUAUUUCCAUCCUGAAGACAAACAUUUCGAUGGUAUCUAUCGCAGCCAAGAUGGACCUAUCGCUCACAUGCCAAAAGUGAUGACCGUCUCAGGCGAGGAAACUUAUCCGGGUGGAGGUGUAUCGCAUCAUCAGCCAAUCUUCGAAGAUGCUGAUGUUGCCGGAUACCCACGAUCGUCUGAGCCAGUGGAGAAUGAAGGACAAUCAUUCUCUUCUGCACUGUCCAGCUUGUGGUCUUCUAUGCAAAAAGACAUGGGAGUCUCAUCAGAAAAAGCACCAAAGAUUGCCAAACAGGCAAAGGAGAUUCGUGAAUCAACGGCAAACACAACACGCACUCUUUUACAAGAUGCAAGAGAAACAUUCAACAAAGCAACUCGUGGAAAUGGCAGCUCAAGUGCAUCGUAUAGUACAUCCUCCACCAGUUAUUCAGGAGGAAACACACGUCCAUUGAAUGCUGAAGAACAGAGUGGGCUGUACGUCCUUGGUGGAAUUGUGUUGGGAGGAUUUGUUUUGGGAGGUCUGGGAUCCCAAUCGAAGCGAAAGUCAGAAAAGGUGAAGGCAAAAAUUGAAGAAUCUGUACACGAAAUCCGAAGCAAGAGCAACACAUUAGACGAAACUGAAUUGCACGACCUCGUACAAAGAGCCGAAUCUGCACUUCGGUCAUAAUGAUACAAUUAAUACUGCUUUAUCAUGAAUAAUUUUUAAUGACAUCUUAUGUUCUAAUAGAAGAAUGAAUGAAUGAAUUGAAGGUAGCUCUAUUAAUAACGAUGAGUAAGAAAAAACACGAGCCAAAGAUCUAUAGCGACAGAAUGUAUACCAGGAAAAACGACACGAGAAGAAUGUUCUCUAUUUUUCUAUCUACCAACGACCGCCACCGCCGCCGCCCAAGCCAACAUUGUUGCUUCCUGUACGGCCUCCUCCACGGAAACCACCACGGCCACGACCACCACGAUAUCCUCCACGA